GUUCGCUGUUCAGCGGAACAGUCUUGUGUCGGCACGGUUGGCGGCCGACCGCAUUACGUAUCUCCAAUACACAUACCUACAAGUUCAAACGUCAAAAACUUUACGUGUUACAUAUCGGUUCUAAGCUUUCGUAUAAAUUUCUUAUUUCGUAGCUCUUAUUAUUAUAUUGUUUUUAAUUUGUUUGAAUUAUUUCCGAUAUCUUCCGUUGUUUUUAUUAUUAUUUUAAUGAGCAGUUUCGUGUUUUCAAUUUUGUGAAAAGCAUUGGUAUCGAGUGCAUGCAAGAUCCUGUUGCAUCUUUAUCUGCGGUAGCGACCCAAAAUGGCACUACGAUUUAAGCUUUGCUAUUGGUACUUUCAAUCUAUAACAACCUGAAGAUUUGUUUAUUGUAAAACAAAAUAAAAAAAAAACGCAGGAUUACUCUCAGUAUUUGUGUAAUAUUAAACACAUUGAAUCAAACAUGAAUUUGAAAAUAAUAUCACUCCUUCUUACAUGGAAUUUUUUAUUAAUUUCCGCAAAGAGAGAUUCGUUUGAGGAUGAUGACUCGUUACGGGCCAGAGAGCUAAGAAAUAAGGAAAAUAAUAGAAAUCGAACUACCUUUAAUGGUACAUUAACAGAUUUGCCGGAGAGACGAAAUUUGAGGCACCGGAACAGCUCAAGGUAUCGCGGUGACCGACGCAGAUUUUGGGAAAGAGAACAUGAAGUGAGACGUGACCGACGGAGAGGAUCUGAAUCGUCCGAAGAAUCUUUAAAUAGAACGAAUCCUUUUAAAAAUGAUAAAUCCAGGAAAGAUAAGCAUACAAAAGGUACUACUGAAAAAUCAUACGAGAGAAGGAAACAGGCGCAAAACAAACCUCCGGAAAGAUCUUCAGCACCUAUUAGAGAAAACACAACACGAUUCAAGUCUAAAGCGGCUAACAAAUGGCAAACUGGUGGUUUCAUUCCGUACCCGCAGCCACGCGAGAAGAAGCCUAAUAUCAUUUUAAUUCUGACAGAUGAUCAAGACGUUGAACUGGGCAGUUUAAAUUUUAUGCCGCGUACAAUGAAAGCAAUAAGAAGUGCCGGUGCGGAGUUUCGUCACGCCUACACUACUACGCCAAUGUGCUGUCCCUCACGGAGUUCACUGCUCACCGGAGUGUACGUGCACAACCACAAUGUGUUUACAAAUAAUGACAACUGCUCUUCCCCGAUGUGGCAGGCCAAGCACGAAACUAAUACAUUUGCUACAUAUCUUUCAAACGCUGGAUAUCGCACUGGUUAUUUCGGAAAAUAUCUGAACAAAUACAACGGUUCCUACAUACCACCUGGCUGGCGUGAAUGGGGCGGCCUUAUUAUGAACUCAAAGUAUUACAACUACAGUAUUAACAUGAAUGGGAAGAAAAUCAAACACGGCGAUGAUUAUUUUAAGGAUUACUAUCCAGAUUUAAUUGCGAAUGACUCAAUAGCGUUUUUGAGAGCGUCGAAGCGAAGAUUUACGAGGAAACCGGUACUGCUUGUUAUGUCCUUCCCGGCACCACACGGGCCUGAAGACUCGGCGCCGCAGUAUUCGCAUCUAUUCUUUAAUGUAACGACACACCACACACCUACAUAUGACAUGGCGCCAAAUCCUGACAAGCAAUGGAUACUUCGUGUGACGGAGAAAAUGAAACCCAUUCACCGCCAGUUCACAGACCUCUUGAUGACCAAACGUUUGCAGACACUGCAGAGCGUUGAUAUGGCAGUAGAACGGGUGUAUCAAGAAUUAAAGGCCCUCGGCGAAUUAGAUAACACGUAUCUCGUGUAUACCUCGGACCACGGGUAUCACCUGGGACAGUUCGGGCUCGUAAAGGGAAAAAGUUUUCCUUUUGAGUUUGAUAUUAGAGUACCUUUUCUAGUUCGUGGACCCGGCGUUGAACCUGGCACUGUCGUCGACGAUAUCGUCCUAAAUAUAGAUUUGGCGCCAACUUUUCUGGAUAUGGGCGGCGUGGACCCUCCUGCACACAUGGAUGGUCGUUCAUUGCUGCCUCUGCUCCAGCCUAGAAGGAGAAGAGUGGCUGCUGCACAUUGGCCGGAUACUUUCCUUGUAGAGAGUUCUGGACGUCGUGAAACUCAAGCUCAUAUUAUGGAAGAACGUCUGCGCGCUCAGAAGUACAGCCGUGAAAUGAACGAGAAGGCAACAACACCGCAUCCCUUUGAGUCGUCUUCGGAAAGUGGAGACUUCGACUAUGAUUCGGAGGAUGACUUUUUAGAACUUGACGACGAUACCGAUGAUGAUGAUGAUGGUACUGCAGCAACAGGUGCAAGUAAAUCUUCUGAGCCGUUAAUAUCAAAUGAAAGUCACAAUCCAAUCCUUGAAGCCAGUUUAGAGAAAGUUCUGGAAGCUGAUGAUCCUAACUCUAAUGAACAAAAUUAUUUGUCAGAAUCAUCGGAGACUAGUAUAAUUAAUGGAAAGGCAGCACGUCUAGCUGCGGAAUGCUCAAAAGCUGAGCUAAGAGCUCCAUGCUCUGACAAACGCAAGUGGAAGUGUGUGCUUGUUAACGGUCGAUGGAGAAAACACAAAUGCAAAUACGAGCCAAGUGUAGUUGAACCUCAGCCAAAAAUGAGCACAAAGAAAUGCGCAUGUUUUACACCUAGUGGUCUAGUAUAUACAAGAUUAGAAACUGACGGCAAUAUUGCUAGGCGACCGGCUGAUCUCCAUAGAGAAAAUAUAACUAGAACUAAACGUUCUAUGAACAACGACGUUUUUGAACCCAACACAGUUGAUAGCAUCCUUGAAGAAAACCCUAGUAUAGGCCAUUUGAGUUUCCAAAAUGAACCAUUAAAUGAAGUUGAGAAAAAGAACGUCGAAGAUAAAAUAGACAAACUGAUAAAAGAGACUGAAGCCUUCUUAGAAGCUUACGAACGUACCAAAGAUACUAUAGAUCAUAAGAGAAGCAAAAGAAGGGCACAACACUGGAAUCAUAACAAACACAAACAAAGAAAUCAAGGCAUGAUUAAUAACAAUGAUUCAACAUUAGAGUGCAAACUUGAAAAGGAUGGCACAGUUAAUUGCUCACAAGUUAUAUACAAUGAUUUAAAAGCCUGGCAUACUAACAGAUUAAGUUUAGAAGAUCAAAUAAGACAGCUAAAAACGAAAUUAGAAGAUUUAAAAGAAAUUAAAAGACAUUUAAAAAUUAGCAAGCCUGCUCAAGUAGAAGUUCAAACUAUUAAUCCAUCGUACAUAAUUAACCGCGUGCAGAACAAGACUAUUGCAAAUGGCAAUAACACUAAUAAAGAUUCUAUGCGCAAAUUUCGAAUACAAAGACUAAAGCCUAAACAGAGAAAUACUGAUUUAUUUGAAAAAAAGUUAAAACACACAAAUGAGUAUAGUGUACCUACAGUAAACACUAAUAUAAAGGAUGAUAUUUUACAAAUACAAUUAAAAAAUAAUACAACCACUAUGCCGAAUAUAUUCGAGUUACAUAGUAUAAACAGUAGUAAUAUUUCCAAUAAUAGAACAAAAAUUCUCGAAGAUUUACCGAAACCUCAAGUCACAACAAUUAUUACCAACAACGAUAAUUCCGACAAAAAUAUAGAAGUCGUCGAAAAAAGUACGCUAUACAGUUUAUCAACAUCAAUUGAUGAAAUUACCACCGAAUUUUCACGAAUGAUGGAAUCAUCGAGCAUCAGAGAUCCGUUUGCAAAUGUAUCUGUUCCAAAAACUGAUAGCACAACAGCAGCAACUGAUUUUUAUACCACCGCGAAGUAUUAUAAUUCUGAAGCAGACGUUAUACUUUCCCAUCAUCAAAACCAUAUGCAUAAUAAGUCGAUUCAAAGAACUACGGAAACGCCCCGAUUUCUUUCUAAAGGGAGGCCUGUAUCGUCUACAGCGGGGAACUUGGGGCCAACGAGAUUUGAUGCUUCAGAGUAUGAAAAACUUAACCCUAAUAGGGGAACUCCAAACAACAUGGAUAUAUUUAGUAAGCCUACAGAUAUAUUUCAAAAAAGAUUACAUCCUCUGUUCAUUGAAAAUGAAGACAAGCAUGUUUGUUACUGUGAAGAAAAUCGAAAAGUUAAAGGACCUGCUCAAGCUUAUCUAGAAGCAGCUCAAAGGGCUAAAGAAGAAAGACGGAAGCUAAAAGAACAGCGAUUGCGUAAGAAGUUAAGAAAAGCUAAAAAGAAGGCGGAGCUUGAACGGUUAUGCGAAUCCGAGCGUAUGAACUGUUUCCGACACGACAAUGAACAUUGGCGAACUGCUCCGCUAUGGACUGCAGGGCCAUUCUGCUUUUGUAUGAGCGCUUCAAAUAAUACGUACAACUGUGUGCGAACUAUAAAUGCAACGCAUAAUUUAUUAUACUGUGAAUUUGUCACUGGACUCGUGACUUACUAUAAUCUACGGAUAGAUCCAUUUGAAACGCAAAACAGGUUUAAAUAUUUAUCAGUGGCGGAAAAAGAUUACUUCCACAAUCAGUUACAACAAUUACUUAGUUGUCGAGGACCAUCCUGCAGGCGUUUUUCGCAUUCUAAUUCUGGUAACAUUGAAGAUAUUAGUAGACGAUAUGCGGAUGAUCAUAUUACGUAUAGAGGAGAUUCUCCUAGCUAUAAUGAAAGAGCAUGGAGGUGGAGUGGUUAUGGUCGGCGAUAUGCAAGAGCCCGUGAGCUACAUCGUCGCCGACACAUGAUGGCAUACUAGUCGAAAAAUAUUUAUUUUGUUGAAGAAAUUUACUAACGUAUUAAUGCCCUCAAGGUAUGAAAAUAGCAGAGGAGAAAAGAAGAUUGUCUAUACUCUAGAUCUAGAUGAAUACAGUAUCUAUAAUAGUCUAGUUAAAUUAUACUACUUCAUCUUGAUUAGAUAUUGUAAUAUUAUUUAUGAUAAUUGUAAAGCAUCGAAUCUUGUAGGGCUUCCGAAAUUAUCUUUAAAGUUUAAACCUACUUUAAAUGUAUUCUAUGCUAUUAUAUUGAUAAUUCUGUUUUACGCAGUAUGUUUAUAUUGUUUUUCUGUGAUUUUAAUAUUGUGUCGCAGUAAGACCACAAGAAUAACUCGAUGGAGAAUAAUUCUUUAAUUCAAAAUGCGCAUAAUACUGAAAUUAUUUUCUUAUAUUUAAUAUCCUUGACUUCAAAGCUUGGAUAUAAGCGACUAAGUCGCAACUUAGCCCGUACGUACGUACGUUAUAGAAUAAAGUUAGGUUAUGGUGUGGUAACAUUAUAUUUCAUUGACGAAAUCUAUUUAUUAAAUAAUUCUUAUAAACAUUGAUGGAAAACAAUAUUUCAUCGAAAACACCCGUUUAACUUCUUAAUCUUCAAAUGAGAGUUACAGUAUUUUUUUAUAAUUAUUAAUUACUAGCGGUCCGCCCCGGCUUCGCCCGUGGUACAUAUUUAUGUUUUUUCUAUCCUCGUACUUCAAAGAAUAAUAAUAAAA